UAGCGGGGGGCGUCGCCGUGUUUACUUCGUUGGCAGCGCCCGCGCGGCACGCAUCCGUUUACAAUUCCCUUUUAUUUUAAUUAACCUUUUAUUUAUUCAUUAGUCGUAUUUAAUGUUCAUGUGACAUCAGUGGGUGUUAGAUUUUUGUUGGAGUUUUAUACUGUUAACAUUAUAAUGAAGGAACUGAUUCUCCUGUUAGUGGUCUUCUGCCACGGCGUGGUGAGCGUGAACUACUGCUGCCCAGACCAUGAAAUUCUGCGGCCCGGGGGCUUCUGCGGCGAGAGCAAGAAGCGCGUCCAUCUCAACUGCACACUCGGACACAUGCUGCUUAAGGAAGUGAUCGUCGAUGGCACUAAACUUUACACGGAGGAUGCUCCGAAUUUCGUCAUCGCUGAGGAUCCCGCUGAAUAUUGCCUAGGCCAGAUGUACCGUAACGCGUCUCAGCCAGGAUUGGGCACGAUAGCAGCCGCCAUCGCCUGUUUCCAAGAGUUCCACAAAGACUCCAGGCCUAUUGAGGUGACGGGCUUCCUCACACUGGUGUCAGUGCUGUUUCUGCUCGCCACUUUAGCGGUGUACAUGUAUCUACCAGAGAUGAGGGACCUACAAGGCCAAUGCUACAUGUGCAUGUGCAUCAGUAUGGCGAUUGGAUUCCUAUCUUUAGGCAUCUUGCAACUGAGCCCUGGACACUACACAACCGAAGCCUGUGCAGUUACCGGGUUCCUCGUAUAUUUCUGGAUGAUAGCGACAUUCUUUUGGAUGAACGUUAUAUGUAUCAACGUUUACCGCAAUGUGAUAGAUGCCAGUUACUUAAAGAAAACCGAGAGGAAACAGUUCGGUAUCUACAGUAUUUACGCAUGGGGCUGCAGCGUCAUACUCUUAUUCGUGGCCCUCAUCACCAACUUCGUGGAAGGCGACCAUCUGAAGCCAGGCAUCGGGACGACAACUUGCUGGUUCCAAGGUCGAACCGAAACAUGGACUUUCUUCUACGGGCCCAUCGCUGUGCUUAUCUCUGCCAACGUCGCACUCUUCAUAAUGUCUUCAAUCCAUUUAUGGCGCGACACCAGACAAUAUGAAGUCAACAAGCUCAACAUCCUCAAGUACAGAUUCCUGCUUUCACUGAAACUGUUUCUGGUCAUGGGAGUUUCGUGGAUAUUUGAAAUUGCCAGUUUCGCUCACGGAGAAAGUCUUAUCAUAUGGGAAAUAAUGGAUGUGUUCAACUGUCUACAAGGAGUGGUGAUAUUCCUCAUACUGGUGGUAUUGAGGAGGCGGGCUGUGCAUGGUUUAGUAAAGGAGAACUGCUGCCUAGCGGUUCUGAGGCCGUUGGCGGACCGGCUGAGCCCUGACGAUGAUCCGGACGAUCAGCAGAUACUCUCUGAUGAUCAUAUGGAAGUUAGGCUCAACUGAAUGCUCUAUAUCGCCUAAAUUUUUAGAUCACACAAAGAUUUAGAUGCCAAUAUGGCUUAGCGGUUCCUCAAAAAACAUUAACGAAAAUUAAAUUAUGUAAAACCAGUGUAGUCCAGUAGUACAACUUUGGUCCAGAAGUUUAAUUUUAUUGUCUCAAAAUGCAACAUUUAAAAAAUAAUCACACCUUCUUUGGACCAUGGUUGGGAAAUUUUGGACUAUAGUUGGGUAGUUUUAUGACACCCAUAAUAUACCUGUCACAGAUAAACCAGAAGAACACGAUUAGUCAUAAUAAAAAAAAUAGGCUCUCGAGUUCUUAACUAGAGUCUGGCUAAUGAAAGUUGAACCUGUAACAAGGCGGCGAUUUAAAAAACGAAACGGUUUUUUUUUAAAUUGCCGCGUUUUUCCAGGUUCAACUUUCAUUAGGUAACCAUGCAGACUCUAUCGAGGAUAGAAGAUAUAAUUUCUGUGUCUUUAUAGUUAUUAGAUACUUAUUUUACAUUAAAAUGCUAUCCAAAUAUUACAUUUAAGUCACUAAAAUAAAAUAUUAUUUUCGAAACGCUAAAAGCUGUUCGGAAAUUAUCAUAAUAAUGUUAUAAUUUUAAUGUAUGAGUAAUAUAAGGUAUCAAGAAGUUGAUAUAUUUAAUAUUACUUAGUUUUAUAUUUUUAAUUUUCCUUAAAUACUUAUUAAGGAAAAGUUUUAACUUGGUGCUAAUGUUUUAUUAUGAAUAUAAUUUUGUUUUAAUUCUUAUUUUACGCAUAAAUAUUGUAUUUAAAUAUCUCAUAUACCUAAUGCUCUCAACUCGUGCCAUGAAAAACUAUGUUCUUUUUUUUAAUUAUUUAGAUACAUUCUACUCCUAUUUCUCACAUGCUGUAAAUAUUAGAAUACGAAUAUGAUAUGAAUAUUAGCUUCAAUUGGUUCCUAUGAAUUGUUAUGAAUGCAUGAUUUGUGUACAAGAAUAAAAAUAUUUAC